AUGGCGCUGCGCGCGGUGCGGAGCGCCUGGAGGGCACGCUCCCUCGCCCGGGCCUUCCGUGGCGGAGCCGAAGCCGGUCCCGUCUCCCAGGACUCGGGCGCUUGGCGCGUUUUCUCAGGCAUCCAGCCCACAGGAAUUCCGCACCUGGGUAACUACCUGGGGGCCAUCGAGAGCUGGGUGCGGCUGCAGGAGCAGCACCGCUCGAUGCUGCUGUGCAUUGUGGACCUACACUCUCUCACCCUGCCCCAGGACCCGGCCGUGCUGCGCCAGAGUACCCUGGACAUGGCGGCCGCCUUGCUGGCCUGCGGCAUCGACCCAGGCAAGUGCAUCCUCUUCCAGCAGUCCCAGGUGCCUGAACAUGCAGAAUUGAAUUGGAUCUUGGGCUGUCUGAUCCGAUUGCCACGGCUCCAGCACCUGCCUCAGUGGAAGAUGAAGAGCGCCAACAAGAGGCAGGAUGGAAGCGUGGGUCUCUUCACAUACCCGGUGCUCCAGGCUGCAGACAUUCUGCUGUACAGGUCCACACAUGUCCCCGUCGGUGAGGACCAGGUCCAGCACAUGGAAUUGGCCCAGGACGUCGCUGAAAACUUCAACAAGAAGUUUGGGCCAUUCUUUCCCGUGCCCAGGUACAUUUUGACCUCAACGAAGAGGGUGAAGUCCCUCCGUGACCCUUCGGCAAAGAUGUCCAAGUCUGACCCCGACAGACUGGCCACGGUGAAGGUGACCGACAGCCCCGAGGAGAUCGUGCUCAAGUUCCGCAAAGCUGUGACGGACUGCACUUCGGCAGUGACCUAUGACCCUGCAGCCCGCCAGGGGGUGUCCAACCUGGUCGCCAUCCACGCUGCAGUGGCUGGGCUGACUGUGGAGGAGGUGGUCCGCCAGAGUGCUGGGCUGGACACCGCACGCUUCAAGCUGCUGGUGGCUGACGCCGUCAUUCAGAAGUUUGCACCCAUCAGGGCUGAGAUUGAGAGGCUCCGGGCGGAGUCCGGACACCUGGAGGGGAUCUUGCAGGCCGGUGCCAAGCGCGCCAAAGAGCUUGCGGGGCCUGUGGGCCAGGAGGUCAGAAGACUGGUGGGGCUCUGCUAGUUGCUCCGGUGUCCCAGGGCCGGUGAACGUAGUCUUCCAGUUGGGCCCCCCGAGCACAUUGUCCAAGGAGCUGGGGUCUGGGACCCGGGGUCACUGUCUCUCCCUUUUCAUUCCAGUUCCCCAUGCAGCUGUGCUGGGGAGACAGAGCCAAUUAAAGCCCCAGGGCAGCCCCUACCUCCUGGGGCUCCAUAAGAGCACCUUCCUUGGGGCUCUUUGAGGUCUGCUCAGUAUUUCCCUCUGCAUGUGCCAGCAGCAAGCUGGCUCCUCGCCGUGCCGCGGCCCCCAAGUCAGGGAGAGGCCAGGAGCCCCCUGGAGGGGCUGUUGAGUGGUGCCCCAGCAGCGUCCGGAAGAGGGCUGCCUCAAGGUAUGCCCCAAAGGAGUUGGGCUCCAUUCCCAGCCUCAGGGAGGACUGGAUUGAGGCUAGAAGCAGCCAUGGGGUCAGGGAAGGUGGCGAUGUUAAGGGUGAAUUUGGUGGCCAUUCCUGGCCCACAUGUGCAAGGAGCCCUGGUAGGCAGGCCUUGUGGACCUCACCACUUCCUUGGACUUCUUGCAUUUCUCGCACCAGGAUGUCAGGGAUGAUAACAAGGCUGUACUGAGGAUCCAGUCCAACACAAACCGUAACUGAC